UUUACUCCCUGCACAGCCCUCUGCGUCCCGCUCCCUCCGAGCCGAGCCAGGGCUGGAGAGCACAGCUUUCAGCUUGGAGAAGUUGUGGAAGCCACCCACAAAUCCAUUUACUGAAUUUAUGGAGAAGCCCUCAAAUGACGGAAGUCAUUCAGAAGAACUAUUUUCCCAUCUUAAAAGUAGACCAGAGAAGGAACAUUUACCACGGCAUGCCAGUGAAAGUCAUCUCAGAUGCCUAAAGCAGGACAUCCUAAAUGAAAAGACUGAAUUGGAAGCAACAUUUAAGGCAGCUGAGUUGGCAACCUGUUCUGUAGAAUUACUUUUGCCAUUAUUUAAGGACACCAUUGAAGAGAUUAGUUUUGAAAAUGCUAAUCUUUCUGCAUCCAAUUUGGAGAAGUUUUCUAAACAGAAGGAAAUAUUAACAAAAGAAUUAGACACUUUUAAACAAGUAAAACAAGCUUUAGAACAUCAUCUUAGAAAGACAGAAUACCAACAAAUAGGGGACAGUUUAUCCAGCAUGUUAGAGAAGCUAACUGUUAAUGAAAGUGAAAAUACUAAUCUUAAGAAGAAGAUACUUGAAAAGGAGACCUAUAUCCAGGAACUUUCUUGCUUGUUUCAGAAUGAAAAGGCAAAUGCUUUGAAAGCAAACCGUUUUUCACAAUCAGUAAAAAUAGUACAUGAACGACUACAGCUCCAAAUUCAUAAAAAGGAAGUGGAGAAUGAUAAAUUAAAAGAAUACAUAAAGAGCUUAGAAACCAAGAUAGCUGAAUGGAACUUGCAAUUGAAAAAGCAUAAGCAUGAGACUGUAGCAAUGAAAGAUUCAAGUAAACAAAAAGCAAUAGCUCUAAAAAAGGCAUCUAAAAUUUACAAACAAAGGCUUGAACAUUUUACUGGAGACGUUGAAAACCUUACUUCCCAAAUUAGAGAUCAGGAAGCCAAGUUGUCUGAAACAGUCUCAGCUUCCAAUGCCUGGAAAAGUCAUUAUGAGAAAAUUGUAAUAGAAAAAACUGAAUUGGAAGUUCAGAUCGAAACAAUGAAAAAGCAAAUCAUUAAUCUUUUGGAAGAUCUGAAGAAAAUGGAAGACCAUGGAAAAAAUUCAUGUGAAGAAAUUCUUAGAAAACUUCAGUCAAUUGAAUAUGAAAAUGAAACUCUGAAUCUUGAGAAUACAAAAUUAAAGACUACACUUGCUGCUUUGAAGGACGAGAUUGUUUCUGUUGAAAAUGAACUCUUAGAAUUGCAAGAAGUAGAAAAACAACAGAAAGCCCUUAUUGAAGUGUAUAAAACUCAGAUACAAAAGUUGCAAGAAGCAGCUGAAAUGGUGAAAAACAAAUGUGAAAAUUUACUACAUGAAAAUAACCUAGUAACAGAAAACAAAAAUAAAAAAUUAGAGAAGAUGAGAGGCCAGAUGCAGUCUCAUCUGAAGGAGUUAGAGCGCGUCCGCGAUUCCUUGACGGCGGCGGAGCGGAGGCUUCACGAGUGUCAGGAGAGUCUGCAGCAAUGCCAGGGGAGAUGUGCAGACCAGGCGCACACCGUUAGGGAGCUUCAGGGCCAGGUUGAUGGAAAUCACAAUCUUCUGAGAAAGCUUUCUUUGGAAGAGGAAAAUUUUCUUAUUCAGUUGAAGUGUGAAAAUCUUAAACAAAAAUUAGAACAGAUGGAUGUGGAAAAUAAAGAACUUGAAAAGAAGCUGGCAAACCAAGAAGAAUGUCUUAAGCACAGCAAUCUUAAGUUUAAAGAGAAAUCUGCAGAAUAUACAGCACUGGCCAGACAGCUGGAAGCUGCUUUAGAAGAAGGAAGACAAAAGGUUUCUGAAGAAAUAGAGAAAAUGUCAUCUAGAGAGAGGGCUUUACAAAUUAAAAUAUUAGAUCUGGAAACUGAGCUUAGAAAGAAAAAUGAAGAACAAAAUCAACUUGUUUGCAAAAUGAACAGUAAAGCACAACAUCAGGAAGUAUGUUUGAAAGAAAUACAACAUAGUCUUGAAAAGUCGGAGAAUCAAAAUGAGAGUAUUAAGAAUUAUUUACAGUUUCUUAAAACUUCUUAUGUAACAAUGUUUGGAUAAAUUAUUGAACUUAUUUUCUAUAAGCAAUAGGUUUUUACUGUGAGUCUAAAAAGUGAUUAGGUAAAAAAUAAAUAUACUAUCUGUUGUUAUACUUUAUGAUUUAUGGGUGGUAGUAUUAGAAUUUUUAUAUAAAGAUUUUUGAAACAUAAUUUAUUGUCCAAUUGAAACUUUAAAACAAGAGAGAUGUUAGUAUUCCUUUUUGCUGGAUAAUUUUCACUUAGCUCUGGUUUAAUUCCUGUUUAAAUUAUUUUGGUUUUUAGAAUAUUUUUCACACACAGAUAUACAAAAGAAGCCAGAAUCAUUCUUUGUGACUGUCUGUAGCCACCAUUCAAGUGAAUUUGUAAUAAAUCUAGGCCAAUUAUCAGCCAAAUACAUGAUUUUAAAUAAUGUAUAUAAUUAUUUUACAUUGUGGUGCUGUAUAGAUAUAAUAAAGGCAAAUAUUCUGGA